UGCAAUUCAAUGCCCACAUUCUUUUGAUGCGUGACAAGAGCAAAGCACUCCAUGGAAUUCCUUUUGGCAAUUUUUCAUCAUCGGUAGCAGAUCUGCUUUCGGAACGCCAUGGGUUGGGUGCUUGAGGUGCAAGGCCCAAGAACCACUACACCCACGGUCUCUUUGCAGUUACUACCUGGCACCUCUCAAGUGGGCCGCGCUCAAACGGCACAGAUACGAUCUACACAUCAGUCUGUCUCUCGAGUUCAUGCUGAAAUUGUGGUAAAACCUGCAGCAGGUUCAUUGUCAGAAGUGCUUCCCUUGGAGAUUUCGAUUUUGGAUCGCUCCUCUACGGGUCACACCUUUGUCAAUGAGCAGCAGCCUGGCAAGGGACAUCCUCAAAGGCUUUGUGCUGGGGAUGUUCUUCAUUUUGGAGUCGACCCGUUGAGAUACAAGCUGAGCUGGAGACCAAUGUUGAUGAGCAUCUCUAGCCGUUUGGCUGCCUCAGAGCUUCAAAGCCUCCAGGACAAGGCCCGUGGAAUUGGUGUGUUCCUCACACCAGAGUGGAGCGCACAAUGCACACAUUUGUUGCUGGAUCAAUUUGCCAUUACUCCGAAACUUCUGUGCUGCAUCAUUGAUGGUGCGCUGCCGGUGUCAAUGCUCUUCCUCUCAGAGAUGAGCAGACGAGUCAAUGAGAACUGCGAGCUCCUCCCUACACCGGCUGCAGCAGAAUUUGCUCCGAAGGCUGCUGCAGGUCCUGAUGCUGAGUAUGCUUCAGGGUUGGGAGCAUAUGUCAAGCAGCCUUUACCACGCCGCGAGCUGUUCAGAGGAAUUUGGGUCAUUUUCAGUGCCAAGCCCGUGUAUGACACCUUGUCCACGGCUCUUUCUUGUGCUGGCUCACCUAUACAGAUCCUGACCCAGGAUCAAUCUGUCUCUUCAGUCCUGCAAGAUCUUCGAAAAGCUUCAUCCAAGGGUCCACCAACGGAGGUUUGGAUCAUUCCAACACUGCCCGCGGGCCUUGGUGCACUGGCGAAGCCGUUGCAAGAUCUCAGAUGCCCAUGCCGUAUGGUCAGCCAGAAGGCUUUGGUGGGUGCAAUCAUUGCGGGGACCAUCAAGGAUAUCCGUGAGACGGCAGUGCUCCCAAAGUCUGAGCUGCAGGCAGAGAGUUUUCCAGACACACAGCCUACAAGUGCACCAUGUCAGCCGCAAGCGCGGGGCAAGCGUCAGCUAGCUAUGGAUAGCAAGCCAGCAGUGCAGGUGAAGGAGGAAAGUUUUCCCAAUACCUUCCAAGAUAUCGCGCCAGGCCAGCCAGAAGCUAAACAAGAGGUGGCUGAAAAGAAGGCGAAGACCGAGCACGAGGAGCAGGAGCAAGCAGAAGAACGGGAACGACACGAGACACAAAAGCGCCAACAAGAGCCUCAGAAGAAAGACGCACAUGCGAUGCCACCACCUUCCUUACAAGGAUCCGCUACACGCCCUGGAGCACGGCCUGCGUCGCAGAAUCCCACCGUCGCGGCUUCUCAAACUGCGCAGCCGGCAAGCCAACGACGGGAGACUGAACGACCAGAGGCUGCAAGCCUCCAAACCAUUCAAGCGGUGCUCGUGCAGCCAAAGCAGGAGGACAGGGAGGCCAAGGUGGACAUCAGCACCGUCCACUCGUCGGCGGCUUCCCUUCCUCGAGCACCCGAAGUGAAGGUGGAGGAGCCGCAGGUCUUGCGUGAAGAUCCUCAAAUACACCCUACUAAUACCUGGUUGCCACAGUUGGCACAGAAGGGUGGCCGUGGCCUUGUCGUUGAUGGUGUCGAGCUGCCUCGAGCAACAUGGUUCACCACCACCAAGCGCCGGGCGGAGACACCCCAGCAAGCAGCUGGAAAGCCGAAUUUCAAGCGCUUCCGGAAAGUGCAAAGAACUGAAGCCCGGCCAGUCGUGCGCUGUGUGCCGUGGGCGCCCCCAAGGAACUUGGAACUGUUCACCUCACAGCCAUCCAUGGAAACUGAGAGUCAGAUUCCUCGCUUGGCGAUCUGAGCCAACCGGGCAAAGGCGUAGAGUUGGAGCCGAAACAGUCUCACAUUGGGUUGCUAGGGGUAGUUUGCUA